AUGUCGUCAUCUCAGCUUGCACCCGGUACUUCUGAGCUCGUGGCUAGCUUGCCAGCUGACGGAGGGCAAGUUUUGCUCUUCACAUUUGCUUAUCCGUUUGGCCCUGAGGUUGGAUACGCCAGUUUAGUUACUGUCACUGCUCCAGAUUUGCAGUGCUCUGGCAGAAGCGGUAAGAUCAAAUUUGAUGACUGGUGCUUCGUAGGUUUCCCGUCUGACUGGGAAGCCAUCCCCUUUGAGAUGCCGAACGGCUGCGCAAACCUGUUGUAUCCUGAGACUGUCAUGGUUCACGCCUGCGGGCUAAUGCUGUGCGGCCCCAACAGGUUUGUUCGACACUGGCUGGACGUCUUCCUGCGUGAGAGGCUGCCGCCUCAUACGUGUUUGGGCCUGGAUUACACUCAGCUGUUCCUGGUGCACCUGCAGGCACUCCCAUAUGGCCGCACCUUUGUUGCCACCCAUGAUGGCCUCCUCCAGUGGAGGGACGAGCCCUAUAGGCCCGGCAGACCUGCUCCCCUUCAAGCAAAGCACGCAAGUAGAGUGUGGGGUGCCCAGUCUUCAACAGAUCCUCCCUCAUUCUGCAAUGAGGACCAGCCCCAUUUUGCUGCACCUGGGAGCUCGGCUAUGACAGCAGAUGAGUGGCUUCUCCAUAUGCUGCACCCUUCGGUGCGUGAAAUAGCGAGGGAGCUGGACGUGCUCAUGGGUGAGCAGGCUGCUGCUCAGAAUGAAGUAUCUGGUCCUCCAAGUCUCUCAGAAGCUCACCUCCGCACUUUGGCUGUGGUCCAAGGUAGAACGCUUUCUGCCAGUCUGCUGGUAACUACAUUGCUUGACCAAUGGGAAUCCAUUAUCGAGCCGACGGUCAUCCCUGCUGAGGAGGUUGCAGAUGAUGCUGAGUGUGGUGACCAAGACUCCUGA